AACAAGUGAUAACAAAACUAGACUUAUCUAAAUACAAACAUGAUAGCCCCCAAGAUGCACAUGCACUUCCUUUUUUCUCUACCUCUAAAUGUCUUCUCGACCAACCCUCUUUCUCUGCCUCAAUAUUUCAACCAUACUCGUGCUUGAAAUAACAUUAAUCCUCAGCUGCUUAUCAAACUCAGUUUCAUCCACCACCGAGUUUGUCUUCAACACCAACUUCAACUCCACCAGCCUCCUUCUCAAUGGAAACGCCACAAUCCAAUCCUCCAUCCUCAGCCUCACAGAUGAAUCAACAUUCUCUAUGGGACGUGCUUUGUAUGCUCAGAAAGUCCAGACAAAACUCGCCAACUCUUCAUCUCCAAUUCCCUUCUCAACCUCCUUCAUUUUCUCCCUUGCACCUGUCCAAGACCUCCAGCCCGGCCAUGGUUUUGCCUUUGUGUUCUUGCCCUCUUCUGAUUUAACUGGUGCCAGCUCCGCUCAGCAUUUGGGUUUAUUCAACUUCACCAAUAAUGGUGACCCCAAUAACAGUAUUCUUGGUAUUGAAUUUGAUGUGUUUAAGAACCAAGAAUUUGAGGAUCCUAAUAAUAACCAUGUUGGUGUGGAUAUUAACUCGCUCACGUCUAUUCGUUCAGAGGCUGCAGGGCAUUGGACUAGUAGUGAGGAUGGUGGGAAUUUCAAGGAGCUGAAACUCAAUAAUGGGGUCAAUUACCAAGUGUGGAUUGAUUUUCAGGGUUCAACUAUUAAUGUGACGAUGGCUCAUGCAGGUGUUAAAAAGCCUCAGAAGCCAUUGAUCAGUGAGGUAGUUGAUCUUUCUAGGGUGCUUUUGGAUGAAAUGUAUGUGGGGUUUAGUGGAGCAACCGGGGCAUUGGUAGAGAGCCAUAGGAUAUUGGCUUGGAGCUUUAGUAAUUCGAAUUUUUCAAUCGGUGACGCUUUGGUCACUCAGAAUUUGCCUUCAUUUGUGGUUUCUGAGGCCUACGUGUUUGGAUCAAAAGAGUUUAUUAUAGGAAUUAGUGUUGGUAGUGUUUUGGUCAUUUGGUGUGGGGUUUUGGGGUAUGUGCUUUUUGUGAAGACCAAAAGGAGGAAAAGGGAUGGGGAAACGGAGGACAUUGAAGUUUGGGAAUCGGAAUAUUGGCCACACCGGAUUGAUUAUCAAGAGAUUCGUAAGGCAACGGAGGGAUUUUCGGAGAAAAAUGUGAUUGGAACCGGAGGGAUUGGGAAGGUCUAUAAGGGGGUGCUGGCAGGAGAAGAAGUUGCAAUUAAAAGAAUUUCACAUGAAGGUGAAGAUGGGUUGAGAGAGUUCUUGGCUGAGGUGUCAAGCUUAGGAAGACUGAAGCAUAGAAAUUUAGUGGGAUUGAGGGGUUGGUGCAAGAAAGAGAAAGGCAGCCUGAUUUUGGUUUACGAUUACAUGAAAAAUGGGAGCUUGGAUAAGAGGCUAUUUGACUGCACUGAGACAAUGAUGUUGAGUUGGGAAGAGAGAAUAAAGGUCCUGAAAGAUGUGGCUUGCGGGAUAUUGUAUCUGCAUGAAGGUUGGGAAGCUAAGAUUUUGCAUAGAGACAUUAAGGCAAGCAAUGUGCUGCUUGAUAAGGAUAUGAAUGCAAGGUUGGGGGAUUUCGGGUUGGCCAGAAUGCACCAUCCGGGUGAACUGAGGGGCACAACGACACAAGUGGUUGGGACGGUGGGCUACAUGGCACCAGAAUUGGUUCGAACAGGACGAGCCUCAGCUGAGAUUGAUGUGUUUGGUUUUGGGAUAUUGAUCCUAGAAGUGGUGUGUGGACGAAGACCGAUUGAAGCAGGACAGCCAGGGUUGGUCGAUUGGGUUUGUACAUUAAUGGAAAGAGGGGAAAUGAUUCAUGGUCUUGAUGAGCGGUUGAAGAGUGCAGGUGGAUUUAGCAUUGAGGAGGUUGAGAGUUUUCUUCGUUUGGGUUUGUUGUGCGCAUAUCCUGAGCCUCGUGGUCGCCCAACAAUGAGGCAAGUUAUGAAAGUUCUGGAAGGGGCAACUGAUAUAAGCAUUGAUCGGUCUGAAGGGCAAGAAGGGGAAGGAAUUGAAGUAAAUUUACUGCAAAAAAUGAUAACAACCUCAAUGUGGUCUACUUACCCACUGAAGCUGGGAGGAAGGGGACACCCUACAUUUGAAGAUAUCAAGCAAUCUUUAGGUUCUUCAUCAUUGUUUGGAUCAGACAUAAUUCGAGUUGGUAGAUGAUCAAGGAUGUCAGGAUUUGUUUGCUUUGGUUUUGUGUGUUCCAACACAUUAAGAUUGGUCCAUUCUUAUAUACCAAAUUUUGCAAUACAUUUACUU